CUGGGUCCAGCCGCCUUUUCUGCGCGCUUUCUUUCGAGCCACCGGCUUCUUGAUUGCUUUCCAUUAGAUUAUCUCCUUUUCCACUAUCAGUUCAGCAAAGGUUAUUGCUUAUUUCGUGUUACACGUUAAAGAAAAUGAGUGCCAGUGUCGGAACUAAUAAUGCCGGAUCGUUGCUGUUGGACUGCUACUGCUACUCGGUUCAAUCGGGCGAAGAAACGUUCAUGAGCUAUGUGACCAAGCAUAAAGCCGACCUUAUCAGCGCGGUUCAGCUGCUGCCGAAAGAGGAAGCAACGCAGGAGAUAGAGCUGGCUCUCCACUUUAUGCAGCACUACAUGCACCUGGAAGAUGACGGGCUGCUCGAUCAGCCCAAUGCCCAGCACCGGGUGCUGAUCGAUCGGCGCAAGUCGCUGUUCGAGAUACUGCUGGACCUGCACUCGUCCAUGCGUGCGACAUGUGUCGGCUUCAAACUGUUCUUCUACGGAGAAAACCCGGUUACAAGCGAAUUUAUACAGCUGCUGCUUCAGUACCCCCUCUUUUCUACCGUGGAUGGCGAGCAGCUGUCGCUGACCGCAGAAAUUCCACUGCACAUGGCCUACUGUACCAUGGUUGUGUUUGAUUCGUGCGAUCUCGAAUCGGCCAGCGAUCGUUUGGCGCUGGCGUGGAAUACCAACGCGGUACCGUGGGCCAUCCGGAAUGUGCUGGUGCAGGAAAACGUAAAGGACGAGUUCGUACAGCUCGUUAAGGCGAAGCUGAAGCCUUUUAGCGACAGCCAAAAGCAAUACCUGCGCGCACCGUUCGAACAAGCGCUCGCUGCGGCCAAAAGCUACGGGGCCCAGCUGGUACAAAGUGACUCCGAUGCGAAUGACGUUAAACCAGUACUGGCAUUCGUCCCGGGCGUGCAGUACCUGCUGUCGAACAAUCCCACUGCCGUACAGCCCAGCCCGAUAGUGGCAGUAAACGCUUUCCGUACUGUGAAGGAAGCCCUUACGCUCGCCAACAGCAACAACGGAGGCUCCGUAUCGCUCUGGACCGAAGAGCUGUCGACAACGCUCGAAGCUGUGUAUGGAUUGCGCAGCCAGACGUUGUGGGUGAACAGUUACGCCGAGUUCAAUCCGGAAUGUCCGUACACGUUCCGGGCGGAGGAUUUCUGCUACGGCUCGGAGUAUGCCGUGUGCGAAAAGAAGGUAAAGACCGUUUUUGCACCCACGGUUGCCACACCAACGAACGACGCGGAGAAGAAUCGUACCGCGAUCAAGAGCUUGGGCACGUACGUGGCAAACAAGCGCAACUACCGUGGUAGCACGCUGCUGGUGAAGUUCGGCAUUCGCUACGAAACGCACUGUUCACCGGCCGAGCUGGAAGCUUACGGUGAAGGGCAUCGCCUGUGCGUGGUGGAAAACUUCUGGGACACGUACGUGUCGCUGAAUGCGUCCGACCGUCAUCUGCUGUUGGAUACGGUCCACAAUCAGCGCAAAGUCGUUUGCAUUCCGUACGGUGUUACGUUUGGUAACUGAACCCCCUUCUUUGUGGAAGCGGGGCAUGUUUUUGAAAAUUCCAUGAUAUUUCAGUACGACUUUAACGAACGAUGUCAUUCCAAGUAAGUAAAGGGCACUCUCACUUUGAAAGGGUUCUAGCUUUUCCCAUAUUAAAUGCCAAUAUCGUUCUUAACAGGAAACCAUUCGUUUGAAUCUUUGAAUAAAGUGUUAUUGUUUUAUACGAAUAA